AUGGGGAAGAAUACGUUCAUCUACCCAGACCCGAUGGUGCUGUAUUGGCUGCGCACCAUUUUUCCGCGGUGGUCCGAUUUCGAGAUUAGAGGCCGUGAUAACAGAUUGGGCGCUAGUUUGAUGAAGGUCAUAAAAAUCGCGGUGGCAGGCGGUAUUGCCCGAGUUCGCAUCCCAGCCUUUAAGUCUGUGAUUCCAGCUCUAGAGCUUCUAUAUUCGUACGACUGGCAAGUUGACAAAUGUAAGCGCGACCAGAUGGAUUACGCCGACGAGCAGAAUGUCGAACUCAUGCGCCUAGACUCAUGGCUUUCGUAUGUUGGCCGGACUGAAGAGAUAUCAGGGGGGCCACAUCACCUGCUUAAGAGUACGCCGGCGCUCAUCCAGCUACUCAUAGAUGAAUUCGAGGUGGAUUUCCAAAAUAUCGACCUGUCAGCAGAGGAGGGGGGUCUUCAGGACACCCAGGGGCUGGCGGCGAACGUCAUGGACUUCCUCACGGACGAGGGACUUAAUGAGGCCUAG